UCUGGACAACAUCAACCUAAUCCAGUUUCGUUAUUCGCCCGACACAUUUUUUCUCCGAUCCCCUAUUCCUCUCCAUUCUCCGCUGUGUCGAUUUUUGUUACUCAAAAGGGAAAUUGAUUUGAUAGAUAGACAGAUAGAUCGUUUCUAUGGGUUAAAGUGAAAUCCGAAUCCGAAUCUGAAUCUGAAUCUGAUCUAAUCAUUUUCAUGUUAGGGCGUGCGAUCUCCAAUCAAGCGCGGUUGUGUUUAGGUUUCAUUUUGUUGGGCGUGUGAGUCGUAGGGGGUUUCGAAGAGCAUAGAAUAAUGCCUUCGGUGCCCGUUGAUCUCCGUCUAGUUCCUUCUUUGACCGUUUUCCAUGGUGGAUCCUCUUUUCAUCGUCUGAAAAAUCUUGAAAAAAGUGAUCGGCGUGGUAAUCUUAGUUAACACUAGGUCUUUCGUUUUCUUCCACCUUCUCUUUCUUUUCUCGCUCUCUUUUGGUCGUCGUUGUUGUUGGUUCUGCUCUGAGCGAGCUGUGAUUAAUUCGUCAGCGGAUCGGGAUCGAGGGUUUGCUAUUGUUGUUCUUUCUGUGUUUGGUUGCUAUUCUCUGCUCCUGUUUUGAUAGUGUUGUAGUUGCAGCUCCAAACGUCGUUUUAUAAGUUGCCUCUUAGUACCUGAUGCUAUUGAUGGACACGUGCUCUAAUACCAAUGUUGUGCAUGACGACAACUUCAUAAGUAAUCUUGGAAGGACUUUUAGUGAGUCAUUACACAUUCAAGAUGCUCAGAAAUCUUUACUUGCUUCUGAGGGGAGUGACAUCUAUAAUGUGAAUGAGGAAAAAAUAUGUAAAGCAAUGAAAGAUCAAGCGACAAAAGUAAAUAUGGCGUGCUUGAAAAAAUCUGCAACCUUUCCAAUUCCUAAUACCAUGUUGCCUUCAAGCUCGUCUGAUAAGGAGGCUGAUACUUCAGUCACAGAACCACUCUAUGAGCAUUCUGCUCAUCAAACUUACUCACGCUCUGUAUCUCUGCCUGCUCCUCUGAAGCUUAUACCUGCCAUAAAAGGUAGCCGUGAGAAACAUGGGGGUUCACAGGUGAAAUUGAAUGUGAAAUGGGCCGCUGAUGUGUAUGAUCCAGUGCCUACAUUGUUAUCUCACACUGUAAGAAGCAACAAGAAGCAACAGAAAUCCAGGAAGAAGAAGCCUGAAAAGAAGAAUGGAAAGAAGGGUCAAAAAGGAAAUUCAUCUCGUGGGGGCAGCAGCAAAGAUAAGCAGUUUCGCAAGCUAGGUGGGACUUCUGGUUUGUGCUACAAGUCAAUGGAUUCUUGUGAUAAAGUGCUUGGAGUUGCUACUGAAUUAGAUGCUCUUGAUGUUCGAAGCCAGGAUUCGUACUGUGGAACUAGCUUCCUUAAAAAAUCAGUUACUGAACUGCACUACUCGGUUGCAGAAGCACUAUGAGUGAAAUACUCUGAAUGUCUUUUCUUAUUUCCUUCAUCGUACAUAAAUAAGCUAUAUUUUGCUGUUGGCUUGUUUGGUGGAAAAAAAAAAAAAAGACAUGGGAUUGUAUGGUGAAAGCUAUUUGGUAACUCUUUAGAGUACAUGCAGUCAAGAUUGGCAUUUUUAUUUGUGAUGUGGGACAAGUUUUUUGGUAGAUGAGGUCGUGUCUAGCCUUUCCAGUCAUUAAUUCUAGUGAGGGAUCUCUGAAGUGGUGUUCUUUUGUUGAUAACCUCUGUAUCGUUGGAUUUGUGUUUUGAUUAUAUUGUCGUUUGAUGAUAAAUGGUGCUGCUAAAA